GCCUAACUUUUGUCAAUAAAAAAUAUCGAUUUAUAUGUAACUUGGCAUGCUCUAUCUAAUGAGCAUAGUGAGAUUCACCCGGCCAAAACUUUUGUAUAAAUGGGCGGACCUGCGUGGAAACACCCAACGGUGAUUUUCUUAAAACUAAAUUCAUUGAAGCUAAAGCUACUUAUGCAGCCACUCUUGUUUCCGUCGAGCAUUUAUGGAGAGAAUGUAAUCACUUGCACACCUGUGAUCCAGCACGUUAUUAUUAUUAUCCAGAGAUGGCUGCACAAUAUUUGAUUGAUGGAUUUCCAAUAGAAUUGUUAGGUGGAGACGCUGGUAUGACUUGUGACAAAUGGGUUGGUACAGUGUUAAAGGUGUUAAUCACUAAAUUGCAAAGCAUAACAAAAAAAAAUGACAUAAACAUUUUCGUUUUAAGUAUAUUAAGCGUACAAAGCUCCGAUAAAUCAACAUUACUUAAUAUGAUGUUUGGUGUACGUUUUCGUUCAAGUGUUGGUCAAUGUACUCGCGGUGUUAACAUACAGUUAAUUAAAGUAGAAGAUCGUGAUGAAUAUGAUUAUAUGUUAUUAAUGGAUACUGAAGGUAUCCAUCCAAUGAUCAUACAGAGCAAACUAUUUUUUCUUGCCAUAUAG